GGAUGUGAUAGGCUGAACCAGGGGAAGAAAGAAACUCGCCUCGUUUAGAAUAGCUGCGGUGCUGGAGUAGUCUACACUCGUCGCCUGAUAGUUCCAGCCAAAACGGAACAUCGAACCUUUUUUAUUUUAUUUAUUUGGUUCGAUUUAAAUCCUCUUCUCACACAAGAUGUGACUCUUUUCAAAGAACAGACUAAUACCUUAGAAUAUCCAUGUCGUUCAGGAUAGCUGGGAGAGAGAACGUCAAUGGUUUUUCUACGAAUGGAAGUUAUUUGUUGUGAAUUGUUUUGAAUAUGUUAUUCCGAAGUGAGUUUGUUUUUUGUUUGUCUCCGUUCGUCGUGGACCUUUAAUUUGGAAUCUAACGACGAAAUCCAGAUCGUCAAGGGAAACCCAAAGCGAGGAUUCUACAAAACCAGAGAGCUCACAGACCGGGGAUUUAAAUUGUUUGGUGUGCUCCGGGAGAAGCGAGAGUCAAAGAAAGAAAUUCAUGUGGCCAUUCUCUCUUUAGCAAAACAUUUUGGAUUGCAGAAUGAGCAAGGAAAGACCUAAGAGGAAUAUCAUCCAAAAGAAAUACGAUGACAUAGAUGGGAUCCCCUGGUCAGAGGAGAGGGAUGUGAGGAAGGUGCUCUAUCUCUCCCUGAAGGAGUUCAAGACUGCUCAGAAAAGGCAGCUUGGAGAUGGAACCAAAUACAUAAAUGGUUCCCAUGCCCGCGGCCAGCUCAACGGCUUGGGGCAGAAGGGCCACAAGGCUGACGGGUUGCGGUUCCAGAGCACCGAUGGCAGCAGCGAGUACUCUGAGGAUGGUCCUGCCAAGAAGAGGCCCAGACUGCAAGCGCAGAGGAAGUUUGCCCAGUCUCAGCCCAACUCUCCCAGCACCACACCGGUCAAGGUGUCUGAUACCGCCCUGCCCGCCCCCUCCGCUCACAUCAGAGACAUCUCCAGACGGAAACCCAAGACUGAGGACUUCCUCACCUUCCUCUGCCUGAGAGGUUACUCCUCCUGGCCAAAUGAAGGUUUGUCAGCGUUGCCCAGUAACAUGGCGUACUUUGGGAGCUCUCAGGAUGAAGAUGAGCUGGAUGACGAUGAAGAGGAAUACGAGGAUGUGAAGCCAGACAUCAGCGUGGCAUCUACUUCCUGUCAGUCCACGCCCAGGAAGGGCAAACCCCCAGGAAAACAUGCCAUCAACGGCCACGUGUUGAAUGGCCACAGCAAGUCGCCCCGGGACAGCCACAAGCCCAGAGGGAAGGAGUGGGUGCAGGUGAGGGAGCGCAGUGAGAGGGCCGAGGCCCGGAGGGAGCAGGCCCUCAGCCAGCCAGAGGCCACAGCCAGGGGCCACACUACCAAUGGACUGCCUCACAGGAGGGCUGCAGAGGAGCCCCGCAAGCAGGUCUUUAAAGUGAACGGCGUCACACGGCUCUCCCAGCCAGGUGUGCACACGGCCGGUGCCCAAAAAACGAAAGACUUCAGACUGCCGUCCAAAACUGUGACGGGCCAAGUCACACACACCAAAGCAAAACGAGAACUGGUCAAGAAAACCAAACUGAACCACCACAAACACAGCACUGCUGCUACCCAUAGAGCCCAUAGCAACAAUCACCACCGCAAACACAGCACUGCUGCUACCCAUAGAGCCCAUAGCAACAAUCACCACCGCCACCAGCGACUCCCCCUCUCCAACUCAGGAAAAGCCCAGAAUAGCAAAGCAAAAACACGCAAACAGGUGCUAUUAUCCAAUGGGGUGUACAAGGUGGCUAACGGGGGCGGUGUGCGCCUCAACGGUCGCCUCUGUGCCAAGCAGGAGGUGGGCAGGCAGGGGCGUGAGGGGCUGAGGAACUCCAAGCGGAGGCUGGAGGUGGCGGUAGCAGCCAUCGGGGCGGUGGCUGACUCCCAGGGUCAGCUGGUCAUCCUGGAGAAUAACCCCAACCCUAAGAAGACAAAACAGCACCAGACCAGCCCUCUGGAAACACGCAGUAAGAAAGCAUGUCAGGACAAGACCUUGGUCCCCAACGGACACAUUGUCAUGGAAACCACCCCUCCCCCGACCCUGCUAGCCCCACCCCCUCCCCCGACUCCUCCCGCCACACCACCAGCCAAUCCAGAGCCAGAGCGUCAGCGGCCCAAGCGGGCGUCAGCCGGCAAGCUGAUGUUCAUCAGACAAGCACAGCAGCGGGGGCAGGUUGCCUCUAACCCUAACCACAACCGCUCAACUACCUCAGAAUCCCCUUGCCACACUUCUGGACACAACCCUGGACAUAUCCCUCACAAACCAGCAGAGCCCCGGCCUGACAGGGAGUGGGAAAGGGAGAAGGAGAGGGAGAGAGAGAGGGAGAGGGCGGAGAGGAGCAGGGUGAGCUGGGCGGCGUUGGGUGAGGCGCCAGUGUUCUGUCCCACCCAGCGGGAGUUCCAGGACCCCCUGGUGUACCUGGACUCUGUGCGGGAGGGGGCGGAGCCCUGCGGACUGUGUCGGGUGGUUCCCCCGGCUGAUUGGCGCCCAGAGUGCAAACUGAACGAUGAGAUGCGCUUUGUGACCCAGGUGCAGCGCAUCCACAAGCUGGGCCGUCGCUGGGGCCCCAACGUACAGAGGCUAGCCUGCAUCAAGAAGCAUCUCAAAUCUCAGGGCAUCACCAUGGAAGACCCCCCGCUCAUCGGUGGCUGUGAGGUUGACCUGGCUCGGUUCUUCCAGCUGAUUAAUGACAUGGGCGGCAUGCAGCAGGUGAUGGACCUGAAGAAGUGGAGUAAACUGGCUGAUCUGCUGCGGAUCCCCAAGUCAGCCCAGGACCGUCUGGCCAAGCUGCAGGAGUCCUACCUCCAGUACCUGCUGUCGUAUGACUCUCUGUCCCCCGAGGAGCACCAACGCCUGGAGAGGGAGGUGCUGCAGGAGAAGGAGGGCUUGGAACGCCUCAGGGGGCCCCUGGAGGGCCACACAGAGAGGAACCUGGCCCUGCCGCGCUACGAGCCUAAGAACGGGCUGGCCGGCAGUCUGGUGCAGCGCAGCAACGGUCAGCUGUGCAGCCGGCUGAAGGAGCUGGACAGUCAGCAGCUGAAGGUGGGACGCCGGAGGCUGUUCGCUCAGGAAAAGAAUAAUGGGGACAAGACACAGCAGGAGGAAGAGGAGGCGGAUAUGGAGAAAGGUGUUCUCAGUGACCAGCACAAGUGUAUUUACAAGGGGAAAUCUGUAUCUCUCACAAACUUCUUUAGGAUAGCCAGGAACACCAUGACCAUGUGCUUUAACAAAGAGCCCGGUGCUGCCGAGGUCGAGCAAGAAUACUGGAGGAUAGUGGAGCAGAGGCACUGCCAUGUGGCAGUGCAUUAUGGGAAAGUGGACACCAACACACACGGAAGUGGCUUCCCUGUGGGAAAGUCCGAGCCAUUUUCUAAACAUGGAUGGAACCUCACUGUCCUCCCAAAUAAUUCUGGAUCCAUUCUGCGGCAUCUUGGAGCCGUGCCCGGGGUGACCAUUCCCUGGCUGAACAUUGGCAUGGUCUUUUCUACCUCAUGCUGGUCUCGAGACCAAAACCGCCUUCCGUACAUUGAUUACUUACACACUGGUGCUGACUGCAUUUGGUAUUCUGUUCCUGCUGAAGAGAAGGUGAAGCUUGACAAGGUGGUUCACACACUGCUGCAGGCCAAUGGGACCCCUGGGCUGGAGAUGCUGGAGAAGAACAUCAUGAUCUCUCCGGAGGUGCUUUGUCAAGAGGGUAUCAAGGUCCACCGCACCGUCCAGCAGAGUGGUCAGUUUGUGGUCUGCUUCCCGGGGACCUUUGUGUCCAAGGUCUGCUGUGGCUACAGUGUGUCGGAAACCGUUCACUUUGCCACCCCCCAGUGGAUGAACCUGGGAUACGAGGCUUCUAAGGACCUUAAAUGCCGGCACAUAGCCAAACCCUUCUCCAUGGAGAAGUUACUCUACCAGAUCGCCACGGCCGAAUCGAAACGCGAGAACGGACACCUUCUGACAACAAUCUCCGCUCUUCUCAAAGACCUCAGGAACAUAGAGAUGAGACAACGGCAGGAACUGUACGAGGCGGGGCUUCUGUCUUCUGCCCGCUACGGAACACACGACAACAACCUGGUGCCCGGCGACGGACGCAAGAAACCCAGGAAGUGGCUGGCGCUAGAGUCCUCAGAGAGACGCUGCCAGACCUGCCAACACCUCUGCUACCUGUCCAUGGUGGUCCAGGAGAAUGAGAACGUGGUCUUCUGUCUGGAGUGUGCUCUGAGAUACGUGGAGAAUCACAAGUCCUGCAGAGGCCUCAAGAUGAUGUAUCGUUAUGAUGAGGAGCAGAUCAACAGCUUGGUGAAGCAGGUGUGCGGCAAGGCCCUGGGGAAGACGACUGAGAAAUGUAAUGGUGCGAGCCCCUUUAAACCACCACCCAAACGCGGUCCCCGGAAGAGAGCCACCGUGGAAGUGUCCCUGUCCCGCCUCUCCUCCCACCUGUCUCCCGCAGCCGUCUCCUAAAGACGUUAACACCCCUCACUGCCCCUCCAUCUUAGUUUGGCCAAUCACUGUUGUCCUUUUGAAAGAAAUAAAAAAUAUUUCCAGCUUUUAAUGCCCCAAAUCUCCCCUACCUAUGCCCCUUACCAUGACAAACAACCCCCCCCCCCCCACUCCCCCCCAUUAGUAUGGCAAACUUCUGAAAGCAAACUGUAUUUUUUUGCACUAGCACAGAAAAAACUAUUUUUCAGUUUUUUUUUUUUUGGGGGGGGGGGGGUUAGUUGAUGUCGUCCUUAGCAUUAAUUGAAAAGUUCACCGGUAAAUGUUGUGCCCCUUGCACUGCCCCCCUCUACACUUUUUGAGGAUAGGGUCAGAUUGGUCUUCCCUACCCACACUGCAGUCACACCCAUCGCCACCUGUCAACUGUGAACAAAGGGACGAACGGAGAAGGUGCUCCUUUUUUCAUUUUUAUUGAAAGUAGAACCCAAAGUUUGCGCUCGUCUUUAGUUUUUGAAGAUGAAUUGUUUAUAUUCUCCUUUUUCACCUGCAGCAGCUCUGUUGUUCAGGGUCUGUUGCUCCCUAACCCAUGCCAGGUAAAACUUGAAAGGCAGAUGUUUUGGCUUGCUUGUUUUUAUUUUGGAUUUUAGCUUUGAUUUUAGUCUUCUGUGUUUAUUUUGUCGUUUUGUUCCUUGGUGGCUGUGGAACUAGCGGUGCCGUGGCUGUAUGUCAGAAAUACAGCCUGGUGUGCCGUAUGUCAGAAACACAGACCUAGGUGCCGUGGCUGUAUGUCAGAAAUACAGCCUGGUGUGCCGUAUGUCAGAAACACAGACCUAGGUGCCGUGGCUGUAUGUCAGAAAUACAGCCUGGUGUGCCGUAUGUCAGAAACACAGACCUAGGUGCCGUGGCUGUAUGUCAGAAAUACAGCCUGGUGUGCCGUAUGUCAGAAACACAGACCUAGGUGCCGUGGCUGUAUGUCAGAAAUACAGCCUGGUGUGCCGUAUGUCAGAAACACAGACCUAGGUGCCGUGGCUGUACGUCAGAAAUGCAGACCUGGGUGCCGUUGGUCUCUGUGCCCGUAGUAGAAGGGAGGCCUCCUUCGCUAGCGAGUGAAAACUGUGCCUAAUACUCAGCAAGGAGAUCCAUCAUUUUUGGUGCUGUUGGUUAUUAUUACUGUAUAACAAUACAAAAGAAAGGUGAGGUGCUGGCUAACUACUACUCUCCUCUCCCACAGGGAUGAGAUUCAAGGUUUUCAUGUCCCACAGGGUUAGGGUUCUAGGCUCUCUUCUCCCACAGGGUUAGGUUAGGGUUCUAGGCUCUCCUCUCCCACAGGGAUGAGAUUCAAGGUUUUCAUGUCCCACAGGGUUAGGGUUCUAGGCUCUCUUCUCCCACAGGGUUAGGUUAGGGUUCUAGGCUCUCCUCUCCCACAGGGUUAGGUUAGGGUUCUAGGCUCUCCUCUCCCACAGGGUUAGGGUUCUAGGCUCUCCUCUUCUAGAUGUGCAAUCAUGUUAACAUUCCAUUCUUCCAGUCCUAUUGUUUCAGCUGUACGAGUAAACAUGACUUAUUUUAUUAUUAUUUUAUAUUUUUAUUGUGUAUGCGUUCUGAUGUGCGUGUAGAACCACUAGUCGAAGGGUGUAAAAUGUGAAAUAUGGAAAUCCAUGUUGUUUUUUUGCUUUUUGCAUUUUCCCUUUUUCAGAUGUAUUAUGUUUGAUUUUAGGAGACAGUGCAACACAAAAACAAACUUUUGUACAUAAUCCUGUAAAUGUCUUUAAAUACUUGAGCCUUUUCUGGGGUGAAGGAAGGAAUGAUGCCUCUAAAGGUAUUAGCGGAAGCAAGGGAGGAAGUGCUUGAUGAAGAAAAAGCCUUACGUUUCAGUUUCUUCAUGUGUGUGAGUUUGAUGCUUACAGGGUUGCUCUGGUUACGUGUAUACAUUUAAGUGCUGCUUACAUCAGUGAGAAAGAUAUGGAGUAGCAAUGGCCCCCUAUUUUAUUUUUUAUUUUUUAGCUUUACUUUUUUAAAGAAAAGGGAAAAUAUGUUCAUAAAAAAAAAAUGUUUUAAAUUUUCAUUACUGAAAAUUCAACAAUGUAGUAGCUCAUGUUGCACUGAGCUUGCCAGUGGUGGCUGACAAGGUGAUCCUAUUAUCAAGUUUGUUGGUUGUUGUCCUUUACAGAAGACUGAACUGUUUUAGGACUAUUUAAUGAAAACCAAGUUGGAUGUUUUCCACAGAAAGUGGUUGUCAAGUUUUUAUGGCCUUACAAUGUAUUUUAUUCAGAAUUUCUUUUUUUUUUUUGCAUUUUCUUUUUCUACAGUAUAAACUAUUGCUCACGGUCGGUCUGGCAAGUUAAUUUAUUAGCGAUGCGUCUCCAACUUUCCUUCCACUUGGAAAGAUUUCAUGUUGGUUAUAUUGCCAGUUUUUUUUUUUUUUUUUUUACUUUUGCAGUUUGUACUAAAGGUUUAAUAAAAACGUACAGACAA